UUUAUAGUUCUCUAGGUGUCCUUUCCUCUUCCACUUCCAACCAAUGUCUUCUUCAUCCAACCCUACAAACCCUUUUCCAUUUCCCUCUUCUCAAUCAAACUUCAACAUACCAAGCAAAAACUAUGCUCACACCAUGACCAUAGGAACCCCAGAAAUCUCACAAAACAGUUUUGAAGAAAAAGAAGCAACCAUAGAACUUCAUGUUCAAGGCUUGUAUAAGCUUUACAUUCAACCCUUUCAAGGUCUUCCACCUUUAUCAAUGGAAAAGGGUUUCAUUGUGUCACCAAAGUUUAUUUACAAGCUAAAGUUUCCACUUUUUUACCUCAGGAAAAAUCCAAACUUUUUUUCCUUUUGUGUAUCUCAAAAAUUGGCAAAGUUACCUAUAAGCCCUAGUUUGGUUGCUUAUAUAGAACCACAUAUUGUUCAAAAUGCUAUUGAAGUUGGAAAUAGGAGUCAAGACAUGGAGUUUAAGAUUGUUUUUGAUGUUAAGGUUGUUGAGAUUGAUUUUGCAGAUAUUGUUGAGUGUGAUGGGUAUCGAAGACGUGGUCUCGUUUAGAAGGAUUACGUUCCGUGCGCGUAACUGUGAAGACCAAAGACUAACUUGAAAUUAGUUUAAAUUAUUACGUUUCUCAACAAAUAUUUUUCAAGUAUUAGUCAGUAUCGAACCCCGGAUCAAACUAGAAGUAUGUUCUGUUUGGUUAUGUAUUUAUUUGCUGGGUUUUCCCAAAUUAACUUUUGUUAUGAAAUUUUUAUUAUUAUUUUGCACAAAGAAAAGAAAGAAAGAUGAAGUUAAUUGUGUAUUUUUCUCUCCUCGGUUCUACGAUAAUCUUAC